AUGGCCGAUCUACGCGCCCUUGGUAAGAGUGAACGGCGUGUGUUGAAUACGUUGGAAGGAUUGGAGAAUUUCGCGCGAGGGUACGAUCCUAUCCAGGACGAAUCUCAAGUAGCAGUGCGCCUGGAAUCCCUAGAAGGAAUUUGCAAGGAGUUCUACGCGAUUCGGGAACGGAUUGAGCUGCUAACAGAUGAAACCGCUGAAGAUGAAGAUGACAAGGAUGUACGAGCGCGCGAAAAGGCCAACCUGGCGGCGCUUACCGAAUUCGAGGAGCGGUAUUUUCGCUUGAAGGCCAGUCUCACAUCGAAGCGAGCUCCCCCACCACCAAUCGCGACGACAUCCGGAAUCGGUCAACCUGGUGACCGGUUGGAAUCUUCUUUUUCAAAGGUGAAGCUGCCAGAGAUUCGCCUUCCGUCGUUUGGUGGGAGGAUUAAGGAGUGGGUCCCGUUCCGAGACAGCUUUUGCAGCAUGAUCCAUGAGAACAAGCAACUCAACGACAUGGACAGGUUCAGCUAUUUGAAGUCGGCUCUUUCUGGAGAAGCGUUGCAAGAGAUCGAGUCUGUGGAGCUUUCAGCUGCAAACUACAGCGUGGCGUGGAAGGCGCUGGAAUCCCGCUACGAGAACAAAAAACUCAUAGUGAAGGCCCACCUCGAUGCUCUGUUUGCCGUGGAAGGCAUGAAGCGCGAAAGUUACGACGGCUUGAGCAACCUCAUCAGCGGGUUCGAGAAAAACCUCCAGAUGCUGCAGAAGAUUGGAGAAGACACCGCUGCGUGGAGCAUUCAUGCUGAACGAACUUCAUUUCAUGCAACAUCUGACCACCACCGAAACUAUACAGACCUCGAAUGA